AUGUCUGCAGCCGAUGGUACCAUUAACAUAAAAAUGAAGAACUUGCACUGCGGUAUCUGCGGCUUCGACCUGCACACUAUUGAGAGCGAUGGGGAUAUUUGGACGUGUCCGUGUGUGGUGGGUCACGAGAUUGUCAGUGAGGUGACGUUGGCUGGCCCCGAUGUUAAGGUCGGUGACCGUGUGGGUGUCGGUGUCGGUGUCGGCGAUCUAGCGUGGUCUUGUCUGAAGAAGGACCCCUCGGUUCCAUGCAACGAAUGUUUGAGUGGCGAUGACGCGUACUGCACGCACAGGGUCUUGACCUACAACGACAAGUACAAGAAGAACGGAGCGACGUCAGAUAGAGGUCAUCCCGACUACGUGCGUGUAGCCCACGAGGACGCUUUCAAGAUCCUGGACAAUAUUCCAUCCGACGGUGCUGCGCUGCUGCUGUGUGCUGAUACCACUGUGCUCAUAUCGCUAGAAGAGAAUCGUGUGAAGCCUGAUAAGCGUGUGGGUGUCGAGGACGUCAAUGGUCUUGGCCACAAAUUUGCCCAUGCCAUGGGUGUUGACGCUGUAAUGGCGUUCUUUAGUUUGACGAAAAAGGAGCAGAAAAUGGCUGACUCGGGUGCGACAGAGUUUGUGGUGGACAGGAAGAAAAAGCAAGCUGCGACUGUGAUCGGCUUGACGGAUGUUUCUCGGUCUUCUUACGCGAAGGUGUUAACUGCUAUUGCACUGCUGGCGUGUGUAGCUUCGAGAGUGGCCACCUCAGCAUGGAUAUCACAGGAUGUCAUGCAAAGCUCCCGCGCGCUGAAGGCGGCGCAUACGCCGGUCCAAGCUAAUCGAAACUUGAGGCUUCACGCGGCAAAGAGCGACCACACCUAUAAUUUUGAAGAGAGAAUGCUACCUCUUAAAGUCAUGGGACAACCUGUGGCAGUGGAAUUAUCACAAAGUGAAGCUGCUGCCCUACAAAAAUUGUCAGAUUUAUACGCUGGCAAUGCACAUGAGGCAGUUGGAAAAAUAAUGGGAGGCAUUUCGCAAAGGGUCGAGGGCGUCACAAACUUGGAACAAAAAGAAGUCGUAUAUAACAGUUUGAUCAAGUUGUUUCUGAAUCCCGGCAAUGACUAUAAACUGGCCAGAUUGCUCGAUGCAGAAGCAAAGAUCAAGGAAAUGACAGCCUUCGCUAAAAAUCUACAAGCUGCCCAGUUGCGGUAUUGGCACUCGCAAGGGAAGUCUGCGGCAGAUGUCUUCGACGUUUUACAACUUGGCACAUCAAACGAGAAGCUAUUUCAAAACCCACUCUUUUACAGAUUGAUUGAUUUCAUUAAGUCAACGACAUCGGAUAAGGAGACCUCAAGCGUGUUGCCGACCUUGUACUCGACAUUGUCAAGUAAAUUUAAUACGAACGAUUUGGUGAAGUAUUUAGUCAACGACAUAAACGCUGGCCGUGAGACACAUCUCGCUCCAAAACUGCUACUAAUGCGGCUGCUAGAGAGUCAACUCACUGCAGAACCCAAGGCGUUAACAGAAACGCUGUCAUGGCUUAAAAUCGAUAGUAACCGCACGCAAAAGCCGCUCCUAAAGACUCAUGAAAAUUUUUUGGCCUUUUUCGAUCCCACAAGAAAAAAUUGGAGAGAUGGUUCAAAUUGGAAAGAUUUAACUCAGCUCAAGGAGAUGUUCGGCGAGGCAAAAACUGUAGAGAUGAUCGCUACGACGAACGAGGAGAGCUCCGUAGUAACGCGGGCGGAGCGUAUGCUUAACGCACAAUUCAGGUUAUGGAUGAAAGAUGGAAUUCCUCCGGAUACUCUCAAAGGCAAGCUUUCAAGUGCUGAUGUCCCUGAAGAUGUUAUUAAGAAGGUGGAGGAUGGAUACAUCAACUACUGGGCUACCCUUAUGGAACAACGUGCAAAUCUAUAA